AGUAAUAAAAAGAAGAAUUCUUCGUAGUUGUCAAAAAUGAUUGAAAUUGUAUUGUUUGGGUUAAAAGCGAAAGUAAAUACAAAGAAAAAACUUUUUUAUUAGUUAAUACUUUAUAGAAAUAAAUAAUAAAGAAUAUUUCUCAAUAAAAUCUAAAUAAAAGUUAAAAUAAAAAAUCACUAAAACUUUAAUUGAUUUAGUUGAAGAUAUGAGUGUGAAAAUAGAGGAGUGUAGUAGUGAUGGUGAAUUUAUGAGUACUGAUUAUUUGAAAUCUAAGAUUCAAGGAGAUCACAUAUUACCUACUAGGUCGAAAGAAAUAUACCAAAGAGCAUACAAUGAUUUCAUAUCUUGGUGUAUAAGUAACAAUGUCAAUAAUUGUUCAGAAAAAACACUGUUAGAAUAUUUUGCUGCGAAAUCAAAAAUUCUGAAAGCUUCUUCCAUGGUAACCGUAUAUUCUAUGUUGAAAUCAACUUUACAGUUAUAUCAUAAAACAGAUAUUAGUAAGUUUUCAAAAUUGCUUGCAUAUUUAAAAAUUAAAUCCAAUGGUCACAGUCCUAAAAGAACAAAAAUUUUGACAAAAAAUCAAGUAUUGGCAUUUUUAACAGAAGCUCCAGAUGAGAAGUAUUUAAUGGUAAAGGUUGCACUUAUUUUUGGCAUUGCUGGUGGGCGAAGUAGGGAGCUUACUGAUUUAAAGGUAGAUGACAUUCAGGACUUGGGAACAUCUUUAUUAGUGAUAAUAAGAGAAUCUGAUUCACAUAUUAAAAGGUCUUAUAAUAUUUUUAAUGAUAAAGGCUGGCCUAUAGAUUUUUUGGAUAUAUUUAGAAAAUAUGCAUCUUUAAGACCAAAAAACAUUGAGCAUAGGCGAUUUUUUAUAUAUUAUGACCAAGGAAAAUGUUCAAGACAAGUAGUAGGAAAAAAUACAUUUGGGCAGUUACCUAAAAAAAUUGCCAAUUUUCUUAAUUUACCAGAUCCUGGAGCAUAUACCGGCCAUUGUUUCAGAUACUGUUCAGCAAGUUUUAAGCGUACAAAUGAUGCAAUAUCAUCCAAUGAUCCACAUGAACACCUAUCAGUUAUUAAAGAUCUUCCUACUUUAGAAAAAGAAUUGCAUUCAUCAAUCAAGAUUGAACAAGAUAAUGAUGAUUCCAGUUAUGAUUUUGAACGUUUGGAUAUGCCAGAGGAAGAUCGUUAUGUGGAAAUCUCAAGUUUAAAAAAACAACAGACUGAAAAUUUAUCCAAACAAGAAAAAAUAAAUAUUUCAGAUAUUAAAAAUUCUGACGAAAUUUCAGUUUAUGGAGAAUUGUUAAUGAUAAAACUUAGAAAAAUGGAUACUGCUACAAGAAUUAUGGUUUGCAAUAAAAUUGAUAAUCUGAUUUCUCAGACAGAAAUGGCAUUGUUGAAUAAAAGUUUACCAGAGAUUCAGUCGACAUCUUCUUCACAAUAGAUAUUAAGUUUCAGUAGAUACCUAAACACUUUUGAACUGAACUGAACUUUUCUUUGAUGUGGGAGUUAUUGUAUAUUUUUGUAAAUGACUCAUAAUAAGUUUUAUCUCGGACAGGAACUUCUCAUUAUUGGUCAGAACUAUGGUGAUUCCAUAUAAAAGCAGGGAUAUUUACGUUUUGUGUUUUCUAAGUGUUCAAUUCUAUCUGUAACCUAUUUUCAAAGAACUUUUUAGAAAAAAAAUUUAUAAAUAUAUAUAUUAAAAUUCGUUUAGAAUCUUAAAA